CUCUCAAAGACUUCCCCUCUUUUCGUGAAUCAUUUUGCACUUGUAUUUGCCUCUGGCUUUGAUCGCUUUUUUGUCCGCUCGGUCUAUUUAACUCAGAAACACUCUACACAAGUCAUAACAUAAACGACAGUACUUGCAAACGAAAACGCAAUAAUGAACGAUCUCCCCAGCCCCUCAACUCCUCGCAACUUGCGCAAGAGACCUCAAAAGCGGACCGUGCCAGAAGAUGAUGACGAUGAUUCGACGGACAAUGAACCAUCUGCGAAGAAGAAGAGACAGUGGAAGAGAGACUGGGUCCGAUGGGUAUCUGAAUCGAAGUGGGAGAAGGACCCGAGUUACAAGCAGAAGGUUGGCUCGGAGGAGAUACAUGGAAGUGAUGCCAUGAAGUUCUACAACCUGACAGGAGAGGAGAUGGACACUUUGCCAUUUUGGAAAUUUGAGAACAUCAACUCGCUGUCGCACCCAGGUCGGUCGUACGUCGACAACGAAGUGAAGAGGCUAGCAUAUCGGAAGCUGGCCAUGCUCGUUGGCUUCCAUAAGGAAGAUAUGGAGGAGAAUGAGCUACUGAGGCAAGGCUACAUACUCUUUGAAGAGAAGCAGAUUCAACGGCGGCAGGGAAAUCCCAAUACACCGACCGAGCCAAUAACCGGCACGAUUUUCAUCCCAAAGCCGCACGAAACCUACCGAAACCCUCUCACCGGUAUCCCUCAUGGCUGUUGGGAAAGUCCAGUAUGGCGAAAUGGUGUUCUCAUCGGCCACUGGCUGAAUGCACAGUUUACUCCGGACGACGAUGGCGAGUGGAUCCCAAAAGAGAGAUUCAAGCCUCUUGGAUCUGAUACAUGGAUCGAGCAACGUGGAUAAGACAACUAGAUCGUAGGUAUUACUGCUUUUGUUUGUGAUUUGAACGGGAUCUUGUACUCCAA